AUAACAACUGUAAGCGCCAGCGUUAGUGGUUUCCAUUGGCAACCGGACCCAUGUUCACGAGAACAACUGCUCGCUCACAGUGACCAAACAACAGAGGAGGCAGGAGGGAGUUUACCGAAAUGUGACGCGUGUUGCGGUGAAGAGAGAAAAUCAGAUUCAGAGGGCCCGCUGCCUGAUCAUGACUGCUGUGGUUCGACCUGGAGUCAAUGUUUCAGAGCUUUGUGAGGAUGGAGACAAGUUCCUUAAGGCUGGAGAGCUUGGGAGGGCCACGUCUCUCUACAUGUCUGCCUUCAGGACUCACGCGGCCUCCACUGUGUCCCACAUGCGGAAACUAGAGAAGUCCAGUUUGGCUGGGGUCAUCUCAACCCUGGAAGGCUGGCUUGACAGUCAUGGGGAGAGCCAACCUUCUGAGGGUCUUAAUAAAGGUCUGGCAGCUGUGUUCCUGUCCACACUCUGCCCCAACAACUUGUCAGCCACCAUUUUCAAAAUGGAGUCUCUCCUUCAGAGCGGCAGGCAUGGCUGCGAGGAGAUUUUUGCUCGCUGCACUGCUCUGCUUGACAGCAAGAGACACCCUCAUCCAGAAGGUUUGACUCGCAUGGUGUUGGAGAUAACUCGCGCGCUAGCCUGCUUGUUCGCAGAGCCUCAUGGUGUUAAGGGGCUGAAGCUUUAUCUGGAAGCUUACCAGAGUAACAAAUCUGAAAUUGUCACGCUGGUGAAAACCAGGCAGGCGCAGCACCUGUCAAAAAUAGUGAAGGCCUUUACUGUCCAGACACUGCAUGUACACCCUUCCGUGAUGUUUGACGGCCAGUGGGAAGUGACAACAAAGGACAGUGAAAAACUUAGUGUAGAGGCUUCUUCUGUAAUUAUUGAGUUUUUGCUGGCUAUCUCACCUGGUAAUAAAGAAGUGCAGGAACUUCAAGCAGCAUAUUUGUUUUUGACUGGCAGAUUUGGGGACAGUGCAGAAGUGUACUCUGCCCUCUUGCAUCAUGGCCACUGUACUACAGACAAGUCAUUCCAAGACAGUCCUGAGAGGAGAGCUCGUCUCUUAACCAGUCGAGCGGCUGCCUUUUUCUCAGCAGGAGGACGGACUGCGGAGGCGUGUGGGGAUCUGGGGGAAGCAUUUGAGAUCCACCCUGCCACUGCCCGAAUUCAUUUCCAAACGCUCUUCACAGAACAUGGCACAGGGGUGGCUGCUCGCAACCAUCUCCGUCAGCAGGCAGAGAGGGGCCUGUGUGGUUUCAGAGAGAGGGUCCUCAUCCGCCCAGACCUGCGGUCCACUGAAGGAGUUGAGCUCCUGGACCCUGUGAUCACUCAGUUACGGACCCUGUGCCAUUUGGAGCCUGACGGGGGAGGCAGAGAGCUGCGAGUACGACUGGCUGACUGUCUUCUCCUCAGAGGGGAACACAAAGAGGCCCACUCUAUCUGUAGCCAGCUAGUUGCCGCCCAAGGUCAGCAGAGCUAUCAAAACACAGUGCAGGUUCUUCAUGGAUAUGCAAGACUUCUCUCCGAUGACCACAAGGGGGCAUUAGAAGACUUCCAGGGUGUCAUCGAACACAGCGCCCCCCACCCGUCCAGCUGUGUGCGGGCGCUCUGUGGCAGGGGGCUUCUGCGCAUGAUGGGUGGCUUAAACUACCUCACAGCUCUAGACUAUGUGACAGCCAGCAGGCUGCAGCCUCAGGAAGCAGCAUUCACUGUUCGCUGCUUGGUGCCAUGGAACUGCCGGGGGCUGCUGUUUACUGUUUUAGUGGAGCAGGGACGAGUCAUGCUGGAGGGGACUGAAGAGCACAAAUCCAAGUCCCGAACCACUGAAGACUCCGAGCAGUCCCAGCAGGAGGAUCAGCUGCAUGUCCCGUCAAAGAGAGAAAGCCACAGAUCAGGGACUCCUGCUGGUGUCCACUCCCUGGCUGUGCUGCUGAUGGAGCUCCAGCCAGGUGCUGAUGGGCCUCAGAUCCUGGCAGCAGAUGCCUUGUACCAGCUUGGGCGGGUGGAGGAGGCCUACCGGCUUCUGCUCUCUGUCGGACCCACCAGUCCUCGGGCACCCAUUCUUGCUCGUCUCGCCCUGCUGCAGUUGCAUAGAGGCUUUCUUUAUGACACCAAUCAGCUGUUGAAAAAGCUCAUCCAGUGUGGUGAUACGAGCUGCUUGCGCCCCCUGCUGGCAGUGGCGCAACAGAAGGACCGUGCACUGUUGCAAGGACACUGCCACUCUGCUGCAAAACGCAUCCUGGAGGGCACGAGAGAGGAGAGCGCUGUCAGGGAGGCUGUGGCUUAUCUCUCCAUCGCUAUUAUGGCAUCUGGUGGUGAGGCGGCAGACUCCUUGCUGGAGAGAGCGAGGUGUUAUGCUCUGCUGAGCCAACGGAAGACGGCCAUCUUUGAUUUCAGUGCCAUUCUGAAGGAGCACCCAAAACACGUUCAGGCCCUCUGUGGGAGAGGCUUCACCUAUCUCAUGCUGAAUCAACAAAAGGAAUGCACUCAUGAUAUCUUGGCAGCACUUCAGAUAAACACUGACAUGGUCACCAACGACAUCCUAUCACUCAAGGACAAGGCACGGAAGCUUGUCUGUGACUGGCUGCAUCAGUUCUGUCGGACCAAUCUGUCAGACAUCCUGGGCACUAAUGCUGUCCCCUGCCACGAAGAGCAGCUCAGAGAGGCUUUUAUAAUCGGUGGAGCUCUGAUGAGGACUGACUGCAGAGACCCCCGAUGGCAUCUCCUCUAUGUGGACACACUCUUAGCUAAAGGUGAUUUUAAGGCUGCAGGUGCUCAUCUGUGCCAGGUGUUUGGCCAGGAGCCAAGAGAUGCAGUGGCCCAGGCCCGGGUGGGUGUGGUGGAGGCCUGGCAACAGAACUACCGCAGCGCAGCUCGCAGGCUCAGCAAACUGACUGAGAAAGAUCCGUCCAGUCUAGAUUUCUUGCUGGCCCUGAUCCAAUUCAGUCAGCGAAAACACAUUGCACAGGCAGCAGCGCAGGAGGCCGGUGCUGUGUCAUCAGAUGGGCAGUGGGAUCAGGCCCUUGCACUACUGACUGUAGCAGUACAAGCAGUGGGCAACCACAGACUCCAGUAUCUCCGCCAGCGGGCUGCCUGCCUCGCUCAGCUGGGCUUACAUGAGCGGGCCAUAGCUGACCUAGAUGUAGUUAUCCAGAAGCACGGUGGAUCUGACUCCAGCUGCUCCGAAGAUCCCCAAGUCUGGGCAGAGGACUUAUGUCGGCGAGGUCGCAGCCUGGUACUCUGUUCCAGAGAAGGAGCAGCUCUGGAGGACUUCACUCAAGCCCUGGAGCUCCACAGGGACCAAACCAUCCAGUGUGUGGAGGCUGGUCUGGGGAGGCUUCGUCUGGCUGAGUGCUUCCUGCGGGGGGCGCUGCAGCACUACGGGGAGCAGCAGCUCACUAAAGCCUGGACGUUGAUUGAAUGUGGCCUCAUUGUGGACAAUGAGAACUCAGAGCUACGUAGACUGAGGACAAGGGUCAAACGGGAAGUGGCCAGCCCCUGCAAUGUGAACUAGCGUUGAUAGUCAGAGAAUCAAACAGGACACAGGAGCUCCAACUGAGCUUAUAAAAUGUAGCCAUGCCAGUGCCUGGACCUUCAAGUGUUGUUUUGUGGAGAAUCUGUUGAACUGGUGAGAAAUCUUCCACUAUUUUAUAGGAUGUUCGAUGGUUCUCUGAGGACACGGCUUUGAUUCAUAUUAUGUCUUCCAAGUUCUAAUUAAGGAUUAACAACAGUGUUGGUUGAAGAUUUCAGUAUC